UGCCUCGGCCUCAACUUCCUCCUGCUCACCCUCGGCCAAGCUGCCUGGUACUCGGUGCUUGCCCUGUUGGUCGUGGUGCCAGCCCUCCUGGGCUACCUGCAGGAGACGUGCCGGGCCCGCUUGAUCCAGCUGGAGGGGUUCCUGAGUGGGAUGUGCUGCAGCUGCGAGGCAGUGUACCGUGUACUGUAUUGGGAGAACCCCACUGUCUCUUCCCAGUUUUAUGGGGCACUGCUGGGCUCUGUCUGUGUCCUUUACCUGCUGCCACUCUGCUGGGUCCUGGCCAUCCUCAACAGCACCCUCUUCCUGGGCAAUACCCAAUUCUACCAAGUGAUAACGGAGCUGAAGGCCUCGAUUGAGCAAUGUGGGCCUGGUCCUUUGUCCUGGAACCUGCUGCAGAAGUGUGGGCCCACUUUUGGACAGGAGUGGGGGUACAGCAGGACUAGCUCUGUGAAUCUCUUGCAGGACCUUACCCCUGGCAGCGUGGAGGAGGCGGAGGAAGCAGAGCCUGAUGAAGAGUUCAAAGAUGCUAUCGAGGAGAACCAGCUGCUGGUCAUGGAGGAUGACGAGAGCUCUCAGUGCUCAGCAGAUUUUGACCUCAGCCUUCCGGACAAUGGUUUUAUGAGCAAAAAUGAGGUGAUCCGCAGCAAGGUGUCACGCCUGACGGAGCGCCUGCGCAAGCGCUACCCCAGCAAUAACUUUGGGAGCUGCACGGGCUGUGCAGCCACCUUCUCUGUGCUCAAGAAGAGGCGGAGCUGCAGUAACUGUGGGAACAGUUUCUGCUCCAGAUGUUGUUCCUUCAAAGUCCCCAAGGCUGUGAUGGGAGCCACGGCUCCAGAGGCUCAGAGGGAGACAGUGUUUGUGUGCGCUCUCUGCAACCAGGUGCUCAUCAAGUGACUGAAACAGGCCCAGCCAGCUCCUGGGUCCUGCACUGGCUGAUACCUGGGACAGUGGGCGCCCUUGCAGCCAGGAGCCUGGGCUGCUUGGUUCCCAGCAUGGUGUUGCCCUGCCAGAGGAUGCUUGUGCUCGCUGCUCCUCCUGCCAGCGCCAGGCUGGGGGCAGACCAGCCCUCCUUGCCACGCAGCAUCUGCCACGCCAGCUGGGUCCCUGUGGCAGAGCAUCGCCCACAGCUGUACCCCCAUCCCUGCAGUUGCUCCCUGGCAGCUGCUCCAAGCCCUGGGUGCUGCCUGGCACUCACUCUGCCCUGCCGCAUACUUGCCCAGGCCCUGUGGCCUGGCUUGGUGAUGGAGGAGCCAUCCUUCCCACUUGUGGUCCUACCUCCACCUCCUAGGUGGGGCAGAACAACCUCUGGGCUCUGUCCCUACCUUCCCAGCAUUGUGCUUAGGUGACUGUAUUUUUGGGAUCAAGUCAGAGCUCUACCUGCAUCCC